AUACAGACUACUACACGGCUCUGAUGGCGGUGUGUGCUCACAAGAGUGUGACUCGGAGGGAAGGCCUCGUCUCCUGUGCCAGACUCCUACUCAACAAAGGGGCAAAGGUCAACACAUACGACAGACUACUACACCACUCUGAUGGCGGUGUGUGCUCACAAGAGUGUGACUCGGAGGGAGGGCCUUGUCUUGUGUGCCAGACUCCUACUCAACAAGGGUGCAAAGGUCAACACAUACGACAGAUGAGAGAAUAUAUUUAUUAUACCAUUAUACAAUUUCCCCUAAGAGUGCGUAAUAUUUUAAUAGCCAUAUAACGUGAAAGCUUAGAAAGAGACGUUUCAAAUGAUGUGUAAAAAUUCAAAAUUUCAUCGAAUGCAUAAUUUGUAUUUUCGGCCUUGGACCAUGGGCUAAAUGUAUAUCCAUGGACAGCUCUAAUUUUUUCUCUCAAAUAUAUAUACUCUGAGGAUCGACACCGUUUGAGAGGUCUCUUUCUAAGAUUUCAGAAAAUCAGAAAAUUGUAUUACAUUGGAUCAACGGUCGUCCCCAAACACACACACACACUUAGAUCCGCCCGGUUAUUCAUGCACACACACACAGGCACCAGAUGUCCCCCCUACUCUAUGCCAGUCAGAAUGGCCACCUGCCUCUAGUGGAGCUCCUCCUCUCUGCCGAGGCGGACAUACACAAGCAAGACUCCAGAGAGUGGACUGCACUUUGUCUGGCGGCCAGUAAAGGUCACCUCCAGGUGGCACAGUUGUUAGUGAGUCCGUGAAAUCCCCUUUUCCCUGGAUUGAUUACCACGAAGAAACGAAACAAACAAGCUGCUGUCAGUUCCACGACUGAUGCUCUAAAUCGAUGUUCUACCAGUCAACAAGGAAACUGUUCUUCAAAGAAGACGAAGCUGACAAUCUGAAUAAGAACUAAAAACUGUAGGAGAUAAUAAUCUCAAAAUGACCGAGAGAAUAUGGCUAUGAGAUGUGUGUUAAGUUACUCCUCCCUGUGCUCUGAUAGUCAGCCUCACCUCAUGGAAAGGAAGGCAUCAUUGAGUUUGGACAAUGUACUGUUGGACACGGCAGCGAAUGAAAACAUUUCGAGUAACAAUUCUACUGGAAUGUAACUGUGUUUUGGUAGAUAUUGCGGGUUUUCGGCACCAGACUGUUCAGUUUCAGUAUCCAGACUGUUCAGUUUCAGUAUCAGUGAUUUACACACAAAGCAUCAGUGUAUUGUAAGCAUGGCGAUACAAUGGACAGAAUGUAAAGCAGUGAAGUAUAUACUAUAUCAUAGUACUGUAGGUUAGGAAUGUGUACAAUGUACAUUUUGUAUGGUGGGCUCUGGAUAGAAUAAAUGGGCACCAUUUAGAAAUACCACAACCAUGUGUUGGACAAAAUUGGAGAGGGGCGUGGCCGGACUGCAAAAGUGCAUGCACAAAGCUAAGCAGAUUAGAAGCCUUCCACAGUACAGAACAUCAGUAUGAGCUACCUACCAGAAGGAGGAUAUGGUCUGUACAGUAAUUUUGAAGAUGAUGAUGGAUUUGACUUUGGAGAUUGUCAAUCACCAGGAGACUUGACUAUGAACCUGUGAUGACAAUGACCAAGAAGCCGACUAACAAUAACAACAUCAACAAUGGAGCAGCCACCAGUGAUCUGGCUACUGAUAAAGACGCGGUGGCGAUGGAUGUACCUCCCCCUGUCAGCAAUGCUAGUACGAUUAUUACAGACGAUGAUACCGAGCCUAAACAAAAUGGGUUUUUUUGUCGGAGGGGAUUCCCCCCCACCUAGUGAUCAAGUCGAAAGCAAGCCACUUAAUUCUGAGAUUAAUGCUAUCAAAUCUUCAGCUGCAACACAGCCGACGACCAUCAAGUACAAGCAGAGCAGAUUCUCUCCAAAUCUCCCACACAAAUUGAAGAUGAGUAACCCUCAAAGCGAAAUCCUACAGGAGGAGACGACCCGAGGUCAAAGUACAGAAAAGGGUGUGUCUUAUUUGAUACAGAUCCACAGGAACAGAGCAGACUGAUGGAACAAGGGGAGGAGCUUCGAUUGGCUGUCACUAAGGGUAACCUGAAAAGGGUCCAUGCAAUACUAGAUUCAGGUUUUAAUGUGAAUGAGCAACUGAGCAGUGGAUGGACUGCAUUAUUGCACGCGUGUGACACAGGUCGUGAGGAGAUGGUGGAGAUGUUGCUGGAGAGAGGGGCCGACCCUAACACUCAUAAAGACUACUACACGGCUCUGAUGGCGGUGUGUGCUCACAAGAGUGUGACUCGGAGGGAGGGCCUCGUCUCCUGUGCCUACUCAACAAGGGGGCAAAGGUCAGUACCUAUCCGACAGGUGAGAGAAUAUUUUCCAUAUAGAUUCAUUUUUGCUAAAUACCGUUAUACAAUUUCCCCUAAAAGUGCGUAAUAUUAUUUCUCAACAGCCAUACUGAUCCAAUAUUAAAGCUUAGAAAGACAAAUUUUGUUGAGGAAAUAAUUUGUUAUUUUUCAGCCUUGAACCAUGGGACAAUUCCAUGAUAUAGCCAAAUUAUUUUUAUCUCAUAAUGUUGAUGACAUCCUUUGAAAGGUCUCUUUCUAAGCUUUCAGCAGAAAAUUGUUGACAUUGGAUCAACGGGUACUGAAGUUAUGGCUGAUGAAAGAGUCUCCAAGCACACACACCUUGAUCCGCCCUGGUUAUUGAAACACACACACAGGCACCAGAUGUCCCCCCUGCUCUAUGCCAGUCAGAAUGGCCACCUGCCUCUAGUGGAGCUGCUCCUCUCUGCCGAGGCUGACAUACACAAGCAAGACUCCAGGGAGUGGACAGCACUUUGUCUGGCGGCCAGUAAAGGUCACCUCCAGGCGGCACAGUUGUUAGUGAGUCAUUGAAAUCCCCUUUUUUCCUGGAUUGAUUACCACGAAGAAACGAAACAAACAAGCUGCUGUCAGUUCCACGACUGAUGCUCUAAAUCGAUGUUCUACCAGUCAACAAGGAAACUGUUCUUCAAAGAAGACGAAGCUGACAAUCUGAAUAAGAACUAAAACUGGAGGAGAUUCUAUUGGUUUUCGGCACCAAUUCAAUUAGACUGUUCAGUUUCAGUAUCAGUGAUUUACACACAAAGCAUCAGUGUAUUGUAAGCAUGGCGAUACAAUGGACAGAAUGUAAAGCAGUGAAGUAUAUACUAUAAUAUCAUAGUACUGUAGGUUAGGGUUAGGAAGAGUGUGUACAAUGUACAUUUUGUAUGGUGGGCUCUGGAUAGAAUAAAUGGGCACCAUUUAGAAAUACCACAACCCACGUGUUGGACAAAUUGGAGAGGGGCGUGGCCGGACUGCAAAUGUGCAUGCACAAAGCUAAGCUAAGCAGAUUAGAAGCCUUCCACAGUACAGAACAUCAGUAUGAGCUACCUACCAGAGGGAGGAUAUGGUCUGUACAGUAAUUUUGAAGAUGAUGAUGGGUUUGACUUUGGAGAUUGUCAAUCACCUGGAGACUUGGACUAUGAACCUGUGAUGACAAUAACCAAGAAGCCGACUAACAAUAACAACAUCAACAAUGGAGCAGCCACCAGUGAUCUGGCUACUGAUAAAGACGUGGUGGCGAUGGAUGCACCUCCCCCUGUCAGCAAUGCUAGUACGAUUAUUACAGACAAUGAUACCGAACCUAAACAAAAUGGGUUUAUUGUCGGAGGGGAUUCCCCCCCACCUAGUGAUAAGUCGAAAGCAAGCCACUCAGUUCUGAGAUUGAUGCUAUCAAAUCAUCAGCUGCAACACAGCCGACGACCAUCAAGUACAAGCAGAGCAGAUUCUCUCCAAAUCUUCCACAUAAACCAAAGAUGAACAACCCUCGAAGCAGAAACUCUACAGGAGGAGACAACCCGAGGUCAAAGUACAGAAAGGGAUGUGUCUUGUUUGAUACGGAUCCGCAGGAACAGAGCAGACUGAUGGAACAAGGGGAUUGGCUGUCACUAGGGGUAACCUGGAAAGGGUCCAUGCAAUACUAGAUUCAGGUUUUAAUGUGAAUGAGCAACUGAGCAGUGGAUGGACUGCAUUAUUGCACGCGUGUGACACAGGUGGUGAGGAGAUGGUGGAGCUGUUGCUGGAGAGAGGGGCCGACUCUAACAACUACUACACGGCUCUGAUGGCGGUGUGUGCUCACAAGAGUGUGACUCGGAGGGAAGGCCUCGUCUCCUGUGCCAGACUCCUACUCAACAAAGGGGCAAAGGUCAACACAUACGACAGACUACUACACCACUCUGAUGGCGGUGUGUGCUCACAAGAGUGUGACUCGGAGGGAGGGCCUUGUCUUGUGUGCCAGACUCCUACUCAACAAGGGUGCAAAGGCACCAGAUGUCUCCCUUGCUCUAUGCCAGUCAGAAUGGCCACCUGCCUCUAGUGGAGCUCCUCCUCUCUGCCGAGGCUGACAUACACAAGCAAGACUCCAGGGAGUGGACUGCACUCUGUCUGGCGGCCAGUAAAGGUCACCUCCAGGUGGCACAGUUGUUGGUGAGUCGUGGUGCUAACCCUAAGGCCAUCACCUACAUGGGGGAUUCCCCUUUUUCCCUGGCACUGGACGGCAGUCACACGGAGGUAGCUGAUUGGUUGGACUCAAUUACAUCAUUGCAAGGGAGCGAGGCACCUCUCGCUAAGACCAAGGAAUUCAUUGGAACUCGAACAAAACAACACACACACAGACCCCAGCCCGCCCCCUCACAGGAGCCCCUCCCCUCUCAGUGUGUACAGUACGGAGAGUUGGAGUUGUUCCUAAUAGGGCAACAACUCGUGGACCUACUGCCACUCUUUAGACAGCGCAAAGUUCAGUUCUCUGACCUCAUGAGUUUAACAGAGACAGAGCUCGAUAUGAUGGGAGUGACUCAGCCCAGCUACAGGAGGAAGCUAAUGGCUGCCAUCACUGAGGUACACCAGAGACACUGGGAGAUGCCCAAAACCUCCAACCUGCCGUACGGGAGAACCAUCAGUUGUGCCGAGGCUUCAGUGAUCCUGUCUCAUCUCACUAAACACACCAACUACAUCAAAGCUACCGUCCGUUACCUUGACAACCAGGUCUAUUUAAGAGACCAAUAAGCAACUUACUUCAGAAGGCACUUUGUCUGGCAGCCAGUAAAGGUCACCUCCAGGUGGCACAGUUGUUAGUGAGUCUGUGAAAUCCCCUUUUUUCCUGGAUUGAUUACCACGAAGAAACGAAACAAACAAGCUGCUGUCAGUUCCACGACUGAUGCUCUGUUCUACCAGUCAACAAAAAAACUGUUCUUCAAAAGACGAAGCUUACGAUCUGAAUAAGAACUAAAAACUGGAGGAGAUAAAAAUACAAAAUGGCCGAGAGAAUAUGGCAAUGAGAUGUGUGUCAAGUUACUACUCCCUGUGUUCUGGUAGUCAGCCUCACCGUCCUCAUGGAAAGGAAGGCAUCACUGAGUUUGGACAAUGUACUAUUGGACACGGCAGCGAAUGAAAACACUUUGAGUAACAAUUGCAGUACUGGAACCAUAAUGGUGUAACUGUGUUUUGGUAGAUAUUAGUUUUCGGCACCAAUUCAAUCUAGACUGUUCAGUUUCAGUAUCAGUGAUUUACACAUAAAGCAUCAGUGUUAUUUUAACUAUGCAA